CACAAAUGUGAUUCUAUUCUUACGCCCUGCGUUGUGUGGCUAACAUGAUCUUGAUCUGUGGUCUCAUCCUACUGUUGCUGACAUCUGCAGCUUUGGCACAGCCUACUGUGAAGAGAAAUGAGAAGACCAGCAAGAUCCUGAUAAGAGAUUCUGAUCCCUAUGUUGCUAUACCAUCUACUCUCAUUGCAUUUCCUGGAGAGACGGUUUCAUUCAAAUGUCAGUAUGAGGAGAAUGCUGGCUUUAGUUGGUGGUUUGGCGGUCAGCCUAUUGGCAACAGGGCAUUGCUACAACUCAGGAAUAUAACGGUAUCUAGUGCUGGGCAGUAUAUAUGUAGAGCAAAACAUCCACAAACAGGAGAAAGUAAAAAGGCAUAUGCAACUCUUAUCAUACCAAAUCAGUGUUUAUCUGAAUGGAUUUAUGAAAGUUCUGAUCAUCCUGACUUUUACCAUGCUCGAUGGUGGCCUGAUCAUACAGUUAAUCAUGUGUACUUUGAUUUGAUGGCACGAGUCCAGCCUAGUCAAUGGAUCGGUGUGGGGUUUUCACAGGAAAUGAGACCAAAGGAAGACGAUGAUAUCCUUGUUGGAUGGAUUGAAGGAAGUCGAUUUACAAUUCAAGACAGACAUUUUUCAUCUGAAAUCUCACUGGUGUUGGACAGUGACCAGUCUGGUUUAACUAUGUUGUCUGGAACUUUUCAACAGGGCAUUACUCGUCUUCAAUUUAUGCGUCAACUCAAUAUACUUGAUCCACAGGAUGCAAGUCUUGAUAGGUGUCAAUUUUUUAUACAUGCAUGGAAAGGAACAGUUGAAUCAAGGAGAAAUAUUACAAAUCCAAAACUUCUUUAUGUAUCAGAUGCAAAGAUUUGUCCUCUUGAAUGUGUGAAAGAAAAUAGCACAGUCAUGCGUUUGAAACAAAGGGUUUCACUCGUACCUCUACGUGUGACUACACCUGUUGGUGAGCUACUGACUAAAGUUGGCAGUACUGUUGUAUUACCAUUCAAAGUGUCGUAUGAUGGACAGUGUCUCAACAUAACAUUAUAUAAUGGCACUACUUCUGUAGCUUUCAUCAGUAAAGAUGAGGCCAAUGUGACCAAUAGGGUGUCAAUUUGGUGCAAUGGAACUGUUCAGAUCAAGAAUGUGAAUUGUUACGACAGUGGAUCUUAUGUACUAGUUGUAAUCUCUGCGGAUGAUGUGGCUGAUGCAGCAAUUGUCUUACAUACUGUCAGUGGUGCAACACUCUUAUCACGAGCCAGGACUCGGGUUAGGACAAGAUCUCGAAUAAUUCCAUCACUGAAGUUGGAUGUGUUUGGAUCGUUGUUAUACUGGACAAAGAAUGGCCAGUUUGCAUUGCCAACUAAUAGAAUUAGGUUUGUGGGCAAUUCUUUGAAAUUUUUUCCUGCAUAUUACUUUGACAAUGGGGUGUACAGUCUGUGUGCAAGGAAUAUAUCUCGCAACACAUGCACAGCUGUUUGUCAAGAAAUUGAAGUUGUUGUUAUGGAAUUUCCUCGUGUGUUUGCAUACACAGCGCACAACAUUGUUGAUGCUUAUAAGCAACGCUAUUGUAACAUCACUUGUAUUGUGAGUGGCGAUCCCAAACCAACCAUUUAUUGGACAAAGAAUGGCCGACCAAUUGACCUUGCUAGCUGGCAGUGGACCUCAGCAACUGGUCAGUUGGCAGUUCCUUGCUUUCAAAGAACAGACACCGCUAUCUAUAGAUGCAUUGGAAGGACGGCUGGAAUCGGAACAGACAGCAGAACUAUUCCAAUUAAAGUUGUGGAAUUAGGUGAUUUGGAAGCUCCUACCAUGGCAAAUCUAUAUCAAUUCUUUCAGGCAGAAGGUGGUCAGGAAUGGAAAGCGUUAAACUAUCGAUUUCGUGUUCGUCUAGCAAUUGUCAACAAUUACACUAAUGCUAUUGAAUUGUGGUGGAUUAAUUAUGAAGGCAAGCCUGAUCAGCUGGUGACAGUUCAGCCCAACAGAGUAUACUUCAUGUACACGUAUCGUACGCAUCCCAUUUUGGCUAGGGACAAGGUGAAUGGCUAUUGGCUGACAAUGAAUGGUCUUUUCCCAUUUUUUCCAAACCCUGUGUGGCAAGAGUCAGUGGUAGUUUGCGAUCCAUACUUUGAUGAUAAUGUCUUUUUUGGUCGGUCACAGAAAAUAUCAUCAUUUCGAUCUUUAGCACUAAUGCGUAAAGUCUAUGUUCGUUUUAUUAACUUCUCACCUCGUGUUACUCAUCUUAUUUGGUUGGGACUUGAUGGCUCAACUCGUUUGUUUGCAACAUUGAAACCACAUGAGAAGAAGUCAUUGUACACCUAUGAGGGUCAUUUGUGGGUUGCUCGUGAUGCACAAACUGGUGAGAACAUGUUGAUCGGGGGAUUGCUUGUAUUCACUGCACCGGAUAUUGAGCACUUGGAUGCUGUUAUCACUGAAGCAAAAACAUGUCACGUGAGACCUCAACAAAAGGUUCUUCAGCGAGAGACUUUUCUUACGUUUGGGUGCGAUGGCAUAUACGCUGUAGAUGCAGAGGAAGCUGUAAUGUCUAAGUUUGUGAAAGCCAAUACCACUGUUGUUGUUGGAGAUGAUACAAGUACUAUGUGCAGAAUCGGUUCAGUGGACACACAAUAUCAACACAAACCUACAGACUGGAUGUUGAAUGGUUUUGUUGAACAGACGGGCAACUGUCAUCUUUGUCGAUGGGGAAAGCCUACAAGAGCUUGCAAUCUGUACAUCUAUGUUCCAGAAAUGUCUACUAAACGUAUAUAUGUUGUUGAUAUUGUGACAGAAGAAAUUGUUCAGUCAAUUCAACUGAAUGUGGUUCCAUAUCAAUGCCAUUUUUUUCAAACAAAAAACAAAACGCAAAUAUGGAUCCAAACUCUUGGUUCUCCUUCACUUUUUGUCAUUGAGAAUCCUUGUAAUGUGAAGGCUAUUAAAGCCACUGGUAUUGAGGACAUCUCAAACAUACCAGUCGGCCAUAUGUCUCUUUUGUUUCACGUGGGCCUCCGGGGUAGUACCCACACUGCAAUUGUUUCAUCUUAUAGCACUCCAUUAGUAGCAGAGUUGAACCUCCACUCUUAUCACUUCUCUAGCAUUGAGAUAAACACAAAUGUUUAUGGCUGCCAGACAACAGCAGGUUGGACAUUUUCGUUCCUGAAUGGGCAUGCAUUUGCAAGCUGCUUCAGAGAUGUUGGACAGUGCCCCUUAAUGGAGAUAAACACAUUGACAAUGCAGAUUCUUCAUUCUACACCAAUGAAAUCAUGUGCUUUCUCACAUGCAUCUCCAGAUGGUCAUUAUGUGGUCUCACUUCCUCAAUAUAACAGCAGCUCUUCUCCUGAUGUAAUGGUGCAUCGUCUGUCUUCUGUGUCUGGAGCAAGAGCAAUACAUGUUUGCACAAUCCCUAUCAAUGCAACAGUUGGCAGACAUUUUCCAAGUGAUGUCGUUUAUGUGGGAAAGCCUAAUGGCUGGAACAUCUAUGUGACGUUUAAGGAGUUGAAAGUGUUAGCCAAAGUUUCACUGGAUGAUUGUCAUAAUAUCACACUCGUGGAUUCAGUUGGUAGAAUGUUGAAGAGAAAACGAACAUCAUUGAAUUCAUUGGCAGGAUGGACAUACCAGCGACCCAUUGCCAUGAUUGGACAUCAUGUUGGCCGAUACCUUGCAACACCUGCAAAGUCUCAAAACCUUAUAGCACUGAUUGACACACAUGAUGACAGUGUUCGAACUGUUCAGAACAUUGAUGGACCAUACCACACUAUUGGUGGAGGAGGAGUCAAUUAAAAUUGUUUUUGGUGAGUCUGAAUUCAUUAAAUUGCAGCAUAGUAUCAUCAUGAUUUAGUAACAUUCAAUAGUUCUUUCAGACAUGAGAAAGAUAAUCUAUGACUUAUGUUAGACACCUAACCUAGAGACUGACAUAGCAGCAAUGCAGCUAGCAAGUGCUUGAAAUUCAUAAUUCUGGAAAGUUAGAACUGUUAAUUGAGCAAUGACACUAUGCCAUAUUUUGGUCUUGUGAGUGUUCACUAUGACCUGCAUUCUUAUGCACUGCAUUGGAAGAAAGUAGAAAUGUGUGCAUGCAGACAAUGAUCAACUGAAUAAAUGAAUGAAGUACA